GUACUUAUUGAGGAGGGCCUCGGUGCAAAGUCCAGCCCCUGCGCCCCGGUGUUGAGAGAGCAGACUGUGAAGCACAGGGUUGGAGUUUGUCCGUGAAGCAGCCAUGCGCUCCGCGGGCAGGUCGUGGCUGCUGCUGACCGGGUUCGUCGUCUUCUACAUCAUCUACCUGCUGUUCGGGGGUCUGGUCUUCUCCACCAUUGAGCGGCCUGAGGAGGAGCGGCUGCGUCACGAGCUGGAUACGCUCAAGCAGGAGUUCCUCAACCACAGCUGCGCCAGCGCCGCAGACCUAGACCACUUCUUAGCGCGGGUACUGCAGGCUCACCGCUCCGGUGUGUCCGUGCUACAGAACUCCUCUCAGCCGUCCAACUGGGACCUGACCUCCUCCAUGUUCUACGCCAAUACCCUGGUCACUACAGUGGGGUACGGCCACAGCACCCCCCUGUCAGAUCUGGGGAAGGGCUUCUCCAUCCUGUAUGCUCUACUGGGCGUGCCCUUCACCAUGCUGGUGCUGACGGCCUGUGUGCAGAAGCUGCUCUUUCCUCUGGUGGUGGGGCCUGUGGCUGUGCUGCAUGGCUGGGGUGUGGCGCCCCGAGCGGCCUGCGCCCUGCAUCUGCUGCUUCUGCUCCUGCUGCUGCUGCUCUGCUUCUUCAUUGGCCCUGCAGCACUCUUCAGUUGGCUCGAGGGCUCCUGGUCCUUCCUGGAUGGAGUAUAUUUCUGCUUCAUCUCUCUGUGCACCAUCGGCCUGGGGGACUAUGUCCCAGCACUGCAGCCUGGCCAGAGGAACAAGUCCUUGUAUCAGGUGUCUGUGAUAGUGUACCUGUUCCUGGGCCUCAUGAUGAUGUUCCUGUUGCUCCGGGCAGUCCACAAAAUGGCUGACGUGCAUGGUUUGACCGCGCUCCUGCAGCUGCCGCGCUGUGAGGUCAGUCCGGAUGAUGAGCAGCGGCCCAUCGUGGAGAACCAGGAGAAGAACCAAUCAGAGCCCAGAGACAAGCCCGCCAGCCCCACCAGUCCCACCAGCCCCACCAACAUCCCGCACCCCUCCUACAACACUAUCCUCAAGGGCCGGUCAGACCCCUCCCUCACAAAGGCGGGUAUGGUGGGUACUUCGAGACCGUAAAAACGGACUCCUCCUGAGUUUUUCGCUGGAGUACUGCCCGCACACUCACUGCUGCUGCCGGAGGUGUGAUCACUAGACACUAUCGUUUAUCACUUAUACAAAUGUUAUCACUGUUGUUGAAUGUAUCACCUGGUCACUGGUGCUUUGGAAUAAACACUUUUCUUAUGUCAUGUGUUAAAGGGA